ACCAUGUCAAGUAGACUUAGUUUUGUCCUGCGUUUAUUUAUCUGUUGAUGCAUGUUGUUUAUGAUGCAGAUUAAGUUAGAAAUCUCCUCCUUUUUUGACAGGAUUACUUCCACCUCUAUUACAGGGGUUAGCGGAGUGGAUCAUGUAUAGGAAAUCAAUUCAGGUUCCACUAAGUCUCUUCCAACUUAAUCAGUAACUAAUAACUUAAGCAACCAACUCUCCUACUAAAAUCAACCUAAAUCCACUGACCGAGAGCUCACAUAAGAAGAUUGUCGCUGAACGUGUAUUCAUUAUGGUCACGAGUGGGAAAGUGAGAGGAAAGCAUAGUCAGCACCAAUCAGUUAUCCUCAGUAGAGCAAGAAACUUUACAUAUCACAGAAUGAAGUUAUAGUACCUACUUAGUUAAUCAUGCCGUAUUUCUUUUUUCCUUAACGGCUAAACACCUGCUGACUGUUUUAUAGCAGAUUGUUAUGGAUGCCGCAUAACAGGCAUCAAAACUUUUCCUUCUGAUUUUCGGGCGAAAAUAUUCCUAUUUAGGAUAUAAUUGAAAACUACAUGACUAGAACUAACAGUGAAGAGCUAUAAAUCCCUCUGAGGCCAUUCUAUUUGGGGCCCACCUAAGCUUUCGAAACCUAGAAGCUAACCCUGAGUAUUUAAUCUUGUACGUGUUGGCUAGUGGAAGAUAUAUUGGACGUGAGGGAUAAGCAAACAAUUGCGUUACGACAUACUCGCCUUACUGCGACUGGCUGUGUUGUGCUAUUCCCUGAGCAUUCGACGUUGCAAAUCACAAUAUUUCGUUUCUUUUCCACCUAAAUCUGAAGACCAGAACUUGAGUCAUGGGACUUUUCCAUCUUGCCAACUGCCUGGCUUUGGCUACUGGACCACAUUUAUUAGUGUAUAAAUCGACUGGAAUGCGGGAAAACGAUGCUUUCUGGCGCUGUUGCAAAAUUGCUUGUCUUUACGCACUUACACAAAUGCUGAAGUUUUUCCUAGUCAGUUUAACUCCCUAUCACUACCUGUCUACAGUUAUUGACUCCACAACUUUUGAUCUUUUCGGUUCGCUGCUGGAAAUAUUCGUUAUCAGCCUGAUAGUACGGGGAACAUUUUGUAGAAAUGAAUUCAAUGUCAUUGCAUCCAGUUUAGGUUGGUCUGUCUCCUCACUAGUGGCAACGAAGUAUAUUCCAAUCUGGGUCGGAACUCGCGGGCUAGAGUUUGAUUGGAGUUAUUUAUGUCUCAGUUAUGAAGCAAACUUAGAUCUGGUUGAUACAUUUGUCGUAUUUUACACUGUCUGGUUACUAUCGCGUCGUUCGGGACCGACUUGGAGCACGUACUUGGGAUUAUUAGUCAUUAUUCCAACUCCAAUGAAGAGCAUAUUGUUUGCGUUGUUUUCUUCGAAGACGGAGAAUACUGUGGUGAAUCUCGCGCUUAAGACUGCUGUCUGUCUUGUUCUUGGAAUCGCAACGAUAAUAUUACGGUCACAAAGAAAUUCUGACCGGGUUGAAUCACGUGAAUCACGAGGAUUAUCUACCUUGAUGGGCAUGCUGUACCACUUAACGGCUAGGCGGUAUCCUUGUUCGUACAAAAGUCGAGAUACAAAACCCAAUCCAUCAAUAUUUAUCAAAAGUGUUAAAUAAAAAAAUAACAUUUAUUUACACAAGAAGUCUUUCCACUGAGCAACCUGAAACAUAAAAAUGUGUAUUUUAGUGUUAUUUAUAUGCGUAUAUAUAUAUAUAUAU